AUGGAUUUGUGGUACUUCGCCGUGCUGCUUCUCAUCUCUGGCCCUGCAGCCAUGACGACCAGUGUGUUGAAUUCCUUGGGAUGUGUUCCGGAGCCCAUCAGCAGAGACCAGGCGGUCAACGUCUUCUACACAACCAGUGUGGUGGCCAACGGUUGCGAGGCCCGCGGUCCGAUCGAUCCCGAGCUGGAGGUCCAUGUUCUGAAUCUGAAAUACAGCAGAUCCCAGAUGUCCACUCUCCAGCUCAACGUCUCUUCGGGGGCAGCCAGAGACGACUGCAAAGCCAUCUUCGUUCUGAACUCCAACAGCAGCUUCGUCCUGACAAUCCAUUCAGACGAAGAUUGCCACCCCGUCGUCAUUCACAGUUCUCGUAGCUACGUCAUGCCUCCUUUCAACCAUAACUCCACCGAAAUCCUCCUACCUUACUCCAGCAAGCAACUUUUGAGGUGGGCCAAGGAAACGUAUGGUGGGGUCUCUUCCUUCGCGGAGUUGGAAGAUCCUCAACGGAUUCUGUUCCAAGUAGGGAGAGCGCCCAGCGCAAACGAAGAUUGCCUCUUGGCGCAGAAUUUCAACGCCGAGUCGUAUCUAGAGGUAGAAGUCCAUUCCCACAAGGUGGAGAUGUGCCUGGAUUCCCACAAAGAAUCUGGAAACGUGGGUCACAUCCUGUGGCUGCAACAGAGUCCACCGGAAAGCGGAGAUGCCCUUGACUUUGUGGCUGAAGAGCACCAAAACAUGCUGUGGAAAAUGGGCCACGGGUUUUCAUUCUUGCAACUCUUGGCAUCUGGUAAAUAUUCAUUUGCUACCUUGUCUGGGGUCCACAACGGUAUGACCCUUCCAGACAACAAGGAGGAACUGAUCCAAAAGGCCCGCAACAAUUCCUUCGUGGCUUCCUACACCGAAAUCCCUUCGGCCAAAACCAUCAGCCUGGAAUACAAGAGGAUUUGUGGCUCAACUGUCGUCACAACUACCCCACCACCCCAGACAGCAGAAAACCUGACCGUCAAAGUCCAUCAGCUCAUCAACCUUUGCAAGCCGUGGAAGUGUUUGGAUAGUAGCAUCGAAAUUGCCAUUCUCAAGAUUACUCUGGCGGCCUUACAUACGGAGGUCGAUGCCAUCACCUUGAAAGAUCCCAGCUGCAGGGCCCGAGAGAACACAACUCACUUUGUGCUUAACAGCAUCUUGGACAAAUGUUCCACCCAACUUGAAGGGGGUGUCCAUGUGAAAAACCAGCUCAUAAUAAUGCUGCCUGUGUUUCCGGGAAAAGUGACGGUGCCCUUUGAAUGUGAUCUCCCAGAGAAAGUCUCUCUCCAGCUUUACAACUCGGAAGAUUUCGCCUCGCCGAGCAAUCCGGUGAUACAAGCUCACCAAGUCACCUACGUGGAGGUCUCGCUCCGAACCGCCAUGACACAGUUUUCUCUAGAAAUGGGCGACUGUUUCUUAAAACCCCGAGACAACCCGCCUCAGCUGCUCUUCCACCAAGGGGUCUCGAUGAGCUACUCGGUGGCGACCCUGAAAUCCCCCAGCCCGAAGACCCAACGCUUCAGCUUCACCUACAAGCCAGAAGAAGAAUUGUGGUCCAUCGAUUCGGCCACCCUCGUUUGCGUGGUCCAUCUUAACACCUCG